UGGCAACCUCUCGGGUUCAGUUAUUCAGUGGCAGUGGCAGAUCGACAACGUGAGCGAGAAAAGAUUCUGGCCGAGUGGAAAAUGUUCGGAAAAUUGUUGGUGCUGGUGCUUGUUCUGAUUGGUAUUGGUUCAGUGUCAGCAACUUCGCUGAAUGAAACCGAAAUGAUUGUGCGCAAGGAACCUUGUACGAAACUGGAAUAUUAUGAUAGGUUCAGAAGAAGAUGUCAAAAUUUCCCCGGUGGAGGCUACUUUGUCAUAGCAGAUCACUCUGCCAAAUGUACCAACGACGACCAAGGCAUGCACAAGUUCGAUCGAAACGACUUCUACUACGUUUGUCACCCGGAUGGUGUUAUGAUAGGGAUGUGCCCUACGGAUAUGGUAUUCAACGAAACGGAGGGAAGGUGUGUUGAAAGAAAUUGGACCUCAGCCAAAACCAUUAGAGUAUAUGACGAGUCGGAAAACUGUGAUGUUGUAGUUCCGAACUGCAAUCAGCCUGGUGUCUUCCCCGUUCCUUCAAAUUGCUCGUUUUAUUACGAUUGCCAGGAGUACCGCCAUGGAUAUCAACAGUUUGUCUAUCGGUGUCCAUACCAUACAAUGUAUCAUCCAGAAUUACAUCGGUGUACAACUAUGACGAGGUGUUACCCCAUCCCUUACGAGAUCUUCGAUCGCUUUAGUGGCGAAUAUUUUCCUCAGUGUGUUGCACGAGGACAGUUUCGAACGUCCAAUGACUGCAAUCUAUACUACCGGUGCAUUCCUAACAUGGAUGGAUCAUAUUUUCAAAUCCGAUACGAAUGUCCUCCCUCGAUGGAAUACAGCGUGGAACUAGAGCGUUGUGUUCCAAGGCAUACAGACGAAUGCCGUUGUUUACCAUUAGUCAAAAUCAUUUCAGAUUACUUAGCAAAGCACAAUCUGACGGAUUGUGAGAGUGUCCCUCGGCUAACAACUGCUGUUAGUACUAUAAAUACAACUAUAACAGCCAGCGGCCGAUGUUCGUGUACAACUUCAACGCCAAGUUCGGAAUGUUCACUCGCAACUACGAAGUCAGAACCAACUACAGAGGCUCAGCGAACUGCAGCUACACCUGCUUCGAGUACAGUCAAAUCCACUCCAAUUCCCAUAUCUACCAAAAGGAUUCGAACAACUACAGAAGUGUUUAUCACCACUCCAACUACCAAGCUUGUAACCUUUUCGACCCAGCCUCCAACAACGCCAGAUGAAAGCCAUGAAACUGUUACCGAUAUCGAUGACGUCACAACCGAAACACAUGUCCCGUCCACCGAUAUUCCAAUAUCCACCAAUACACCAGUUGUAACCGAAAUACCUACAAGUGUUGCUACAACUGACCUACCCGAUAUACCGACUGAUCUUACAACUCCUUUUGAAACCGAAGAACCAACACUCGCGACUGAACCUUCAACGAGUGCAACCGAGAAAACCGCUGAAGAUUUCACAUGGGAUCAAAUGUUCUAUAAAAGAAAUAAAACCACUACUGCCACGCCUACCACCUCAGCUACAACCUCGUGUAUCCAAUUCGCCUCCAACGAGUCCGAUUUCCCGGACUCGGACUACUGGGACAAAAGCCUGUCUCGAGAAUCGUGGGAGAUUGCAACCGAAUUGCCUGCUGCGGCGAUCGACAAAUGCAACAAUGUGUACUGCCUAAAUAUCAACCCAGGUGGACUGAACUGCGAGCAGGUCAAGGGACGCCAACACGGCCGGAUGAUGAUUCCCGGUUACAUCAUACGCUACCGGCAGCGUUCCAACGCGAAACACAAGCGAGACCCCAAGCUGGAUGCUGGAAUCGAGCUGCGAUUGCGUUUCCCGAAUUCGUACCGCAUUGAAGCUAUCGCGAGAAAGGACCUCCAUCAGGUGGAGCAGUAAUUUUGUACGGUUGUUUUUGAGUUUGUUGUUGUUGGUCAUUCUUGAAU